UAGAGCUUUCUUUCCGAGUAACUUACCACAUUGUUUAAAGUACUGGUAACUGUCACUUUAGCUGUGUAUAAAAAAAUUAUGAUUUCAAGCAGCACUUAAACUUUUCUGGAAUGGUUUAUGUUUGACAGACUUUGUAAUGGCUUCAGGAGAAAGAAGCCACACAUAAGUAGCUUUAUUGUGAACCGCAUCUGCUUUUAAAUCUAUACUAGUGCAACUGAGUUAAAGUAUCCAAAAACUCCAUAGUGUUCAAGAAAUGCUGAAAAUGUUGUAGAUAACAAAAAUAUCUCUUUCAUUUGCCAUUUUUCUGCAAGUAACAGUUACAAGGACUUGUAUAAACACUUUUACUGUUUGCUCUGUUUUUGUGACUUGUUUUUCCUAUGACACUGAAAUGAUUUGUUAAACUUUGCAGCCUGUGGCCACAAAUAAAUGUCUACAUCCUCUUGUUUAAAGACUCAUUUGUUACAGAAGACAUACAUAGAUAAAUCCGUCUGUGUUCUCAGCGCCUUGUCUCCGAGGUGAAUUUAAUGAGCGGCCUACAUCAUCCAAACAUUGUCGAGUACCAUGAUCGCAUAAUUGAUAAAACUUCAGCUACUUUAUAUAUAAUAAUGGAAUGGUGCCCAGGAGGAGGAAUUUAUCACUAGACGAAGGAUUUAUAUGGCGUGUUCUCUAUCAGAUAGCACGCGCACUUCAAGCGUGCCACUCCCAGCUUCCAUCUGGAACAUUGUUGCAUAGAGAUGUGAAACCAGCAAAUGUCUUCUUAGAUUCAGAUAACAAUGCAAAACUUGGUGAUUUUGGGUUGGCACGUAUUCUAAAUAGUGACAGUAGCUGUAGUCAGACGUUUGUUGGCACACCUUACUACAUGAGUCCUGAGGUUAUAAUGGGUGGCACAUACAGCAAAAAAUCUGAUGUGUGGUCGCUUGGGUGUAUUGUUUAUGAACUUUGUUCCCUCAGGCCGCCUUUCAAGGGUUCAAAUAUCAAACACUUAGCUCAGAAAAUCAUUGCAGGAAGGUUUCCAAGAAUUCCAGCACACUAUUCUGAAGACCUCCAAAACAUAAUUUCACUAAUGCUAAGUUCUAAGCCCUGUGAUCGCCCAACAGUUGAUGUUUUAAUUCAGAAUCCUGUUGUUCUUUCCCAUGUCAUUCAAGAUUGCAUUAAUGCAAAGUUAUCUGUACCUAAAAGUCUUCAAACUCUGCAAAAUCCAUGUGAAACAACUGAAAAGGUUAAAGUAUUCCUACAAGAUAACAUUGCAGCUGCCAAUCUUGCUGAUGUUCAGGUGAUACCAAAUGACAGUUUCUCAAAAGGCUUUGACUAUAAGUUUCAGGACAUAUUGUCAAAAAAACUGGAGGAGCUCAAAAGAAAAGAGGCAGCAUUACAGUUAAAAGAGUUUGCAGUUGCUGAAAGAGAACGAGCUGUUCAAAAGAAAGAGAGAGAUUUGUACACAGCAACAACAGCUGAAGGAAGGUUUAUGACUGAGGGAAAAAGUCAGCAUAAAUAUCGUGAUGUUCAGUUGACAGCAUGGAAGCAGAAAACUCCACACUUGUACCAUAUGCCUAUGAAGAAUGAAGACACUUCUUUCAGUGCAGACACAGGUGACACAAGUAUCCUUCCAACUUCUGCAAAACUGAUUGCAGAUGCUAAAGAAUGUUUCAUAAAAAAACCAAAUGAAAGGAGAGUUCAUUUUGAUACUGUACCAAUACUGGAUGCUGUUGAGUAUACAUUUUAUGACAGAAGUAGUACCCUUUGCAUUAAGAAGCCUGCAAUUGGUAAAACUAACGAACAUAUGCAUUCUGAAACUGCUGGUUGCAUCAGCAAGAAAAAUGUAUUGCACAGAAAGUCCUCUGCUCAGGUUCUCCAAAAUGUUGACAAUAUCAACCAGAAUAAUGUGGACAGUUCACAUAGGCAUGUAUUCAGCCAGUGGAAGAAGGCAGGUACCAUUCCCCGGACAGGGAGGGGUAAUUGUUCAAAUAAGGAAAACAAGCAUCCUACAGUGUCUUCUGCUCAAAAUACAGUUGAAUUGCCUGUGGAUGAUGUUCUUACCAAGAAAUUCAGUUCAGUGGUAAAUUUCAGAUGAAUUCUUAUAGUGGAGAAUGAGUGGUAUGGUCUCAUGUAUUAAACACACAUAAAAAACUUAGUACCUGACUAGUUUGUAGCUAAUCAAAUUAACAUAGGGAUAGUUGAUCAAUAAAAUUAUUUUAUUCGUAUUGAGUCUCAGGGAUCCUAGAAAACUGACAUACAUACAUACUUAACAUCUAACAUGUGAGCUUCAAUUGGUAUUAUUAUGCUUUACUGUUUUUAUAUAAAAAAUUUGAUGUGCUUGAUUAAAAUAUAUUUAAUUGUUGACCAUUACAAAUGUGGAACUGAAAUGUAUCUUCAGCUUGUUAGAAAAUUUAUUGUACUACACACUGAAUCAAGCAGGUUCAUUUAGUCACAUCAGAUGUUUGUCAGCUGUGCAGAUAGAAAGUUUCUGUGCUAAACAGUAAAUCAAACACAUUCACAUUGUU